UCCACGAGGGUCAGUUGCAGCCACUUUGCUUCACAGACAAACUGAGUGGUUAAAACACCAUUGCUGGCCCUAGGCAGUGAGGCCGUUGAAUCCUAUUUGCCCAGUGUAUUUAUGAUGGAGGAUUUCUCUGGCUUGGCUCUGCCUCCUCUAUUCGGAGGUCACAUCCUGGAAGCAGAACUGGAGCCUGGUGGUGUGGAGCUGGGACCGGGAGAGGUAGAGCUGGGAGGCACCGAGCUGCUUGAGAGCACAACACAAGAAGAUGAAGAAAAAAGAGCUCUUGACAAAAGGAAAUAUCUGGCUCUGAGCAGGAAAUGUAAAGAAAUUGAACAGGUAAAUCAGAAGAUUCUGGGUCGCCUUCACCAAGUACAAAGAAUUACUCGACGUCUGAAGAAAGAAAGGAGAUUCCUCAUGAAGACCUUAGAUGCUCACGGGGAUGACUACAGAAACGCUCAGCUCACUAUACUGCUUGAGGAUGAAUCUGGAGCCCAUUUGGAGCCGGCUGCUGCAGCGGAAGAUGAAAAGCUCAACGGUGUUUCCGGUUCCACUCCAUCUGCAGCAUCACAUCACGUGGCUGGGACAAAGAAAAAGAGGCAUCGAAUUCCUCGUCAAGAAAAGGAUAAAGAGCCACAGAUCGACCCAGAGAUGUCGGCAUUGGCAGAGACACAGUUUGGAGAAAUGUCCAGCCCGACCUCGCUGUCUCAUUGAUCAAACCGCUGUCCUGGAUAUCACGACGAUGGUGACUAGAAUAAGAGCGCCCAGUUUCCAGGACUGUUCAAAACACUGCCUUACUUGAGUUAAUCUUUGUAAUGUUGUGGUUUCACUUGAAUAUUGUGAACAGAUUGAAUUCCUGUAAAACGAGAUGUUAUUCACCUUAUAUAUGUGUAUAUUUGUUUUGUAUAUACGAGGUUAUAUUUUUAUAGUUGACAGUUGAUGGCAACAUAUUUAUGACAAGCGCAUGAUGUUGAAAACAUGAUUUGAUAAAUAUUUGACAUAUUAGAUAAAUACAACAGGGUAUUAGUAUCGUUACUUAUGAUUUUAUGAUUUCUGAUUCAUCCCAAAGAUCAAUGCCAUGAGGUCAGUCAGGCCAGUCAAGUUCUUCCACACCAAGCUCACUCGUCCAUGUCUUUAUGGACCUUGCUUUGUGCACUGGUGCACAGUCAUGUUGGAAUAGCAAGGGGCCAUCCCUAAAUUGUUCCCACAAAGUUUAGAGCAUGAAACUGUCUUCGUAUGCUGAAGUAUUAAGAGUUUCCUUCACUGGAACUAAGCAGCCAAGGCCAGUUCCUGAAAAUCAACUCCACGCCGUAUUUAAGUUUUUAAAAUGGUACCUUAAUGGAAAUGUCCAUUUUUCUGUCCAUAGCUUUUACACAAAUAUGCCUGAAUAACACGUUUCGGUUACAGUUUGUUCCUGUGUUAAAAUGUAAAAAAAAAAAUGCUAGAGCAGUCAAUUUGACAUUUAUUCAUCUUCUUAAAUAGAAUUCGAGGCUCCACAGGAGUGUUUGUCUCCAUAGUCAAGUAUAGAGGCGAAGUGCUAUAAAUUGAGGUCAGUUUUUUACUGUUAA